AUGGCUCCGAGCGCGCAGGCGGGGGGCGGCCGCGGGCAGGCGCCGGGCGCGGGGCUCCGCCGGGGAAUCCGCGCGGUGCUGCUGGGGCCGCCCGGCGCCGGAAAGGGCACCCAGGCUCCGAAGCUGGCCGAGACGUACUGUGUCUGCCACCUGGCCACGGGGGACAUGCUGCGGGCCAUGGUGGCCUCGGGCUCCGAGCUGGGCAAGCGGCUCAAAGAGACGAUGGAUUCGGGGAAGCUGGUGAGCGAUGAGAUGGUGGUGGAGCUGAUUGAGAACAACCUCGACACCCCUCCCUGCAAGAACGGCUUCCUGCUGGACGGCUUCCCACGCACGGUGAAGCAGGCUGAAAUGCUGGAUGAGCUCCUGGAGAAGAGGAGAGAGAAACUGGACUCUGUCAUUGAGUUCAGCAUCCCUGACUCCUUGCUCAUACGGAGAAUCACCGGACGGCUGAUUCACCCAGCAAGUGGCCGUUCUUAUCAUGAGGAAUUCAGACCCCCGAAAGAACACAUGAAGGAUGAUGUCACUGGAGAGCCCCUGAUCCGCCGUUCAGAUGAUAAUGAAACAGCCUUGAAAACCCGCCUGAAGGCCUACCACACACAGACCUCCCCCCUGGUCUCCUACUACAGCAAGCGAGGGAUCCAUACAGCCGUGGAUGCCUCCCAGUCUCCUGACGUGGUGUUUGCCAGCAUCCUGGCAGCCUUCUCGAGAGCGACAUGUAAAGAUCUGGUUAUGUUCAUUUAGGGCUCCGUCCCUGGAUGGAGCUCAGCCUUGUCUGUCUUUCUCCAUCUCUGUCUCUCUUUCUGUCUCUCUCUGUCUCUCUGGGGCCAGGGAGAGUGAAGAGCUAAACAGAGUAGAUGAGGAGGGGAUGAUGCAGCCCGAGGCAGGACUUUGCUAAUUCUCUAUUAAACAAGCCGUUAACGGUUUCCAUCUCAGUGUAUGUGAACGUCGGUCUGUCCGCAGAUGUGGGCGAUUCGGCCCCUAGAGGUCGCAGUGCGCCUGAGCACCAGCUGUCAGAACUGAGCUCUGCACCCUUUGGGUCCGAGGGCUUUGGUUUCGUUCUAGAGCUGCAGCUCCCCAGGAGAAGCAGCUGUACUUCCAGCUAUUCCUGGCUGCUCUCCAGAGGAUGAGCAGCUGUGGGAGGCAGAGCCUGGCUGUGUGUGCAGCCUGCUGCUGCUCAGGGCUGGGUGAAGACUUGUUUCCAUUGAGCGCGUGUUACCCUGUGGGACAGCAGGUUCCCAAGAGCACAGUUUUCUCUCCGUUCUGAUGCUGUUUGUGGCAUAAAAGUAGGGUGAAUGACAAUGGGGGUUUUCAGUUUCUCAUUUGUGGACUCAAAACUUUUUCCAGUUCAGGUGUGGUGAGGUGUGGGCUCCACUAUAGCAAAUAUUAGUGAGAAGUUUUUUUUAAAAAAAACAAAACAGCAAAGAACGUGAAGUCUCCGGUCAGACUGCAGUCACUGCAGUGAUUUGAUCUCUGGAGGACAAGAAAAGGACUUGGAUGUCAGUUCUAUUCUUGCAUCCUUCCCUUGGCUUUGGCCAAAGAGAUGAAGGUGUGUUGAGUUUCCCCUGAUCCCAAUGUCUAAAUAAAGCCUUAUUGCAAAACAUGAUUUUUCAAAGCCCAGGGGACAGAGUUAUUAACUGCUGGCCUCUCAUGCCCUUCAGACAAUGACCAUUUUUAUGAGCUCGUGGAAAUAUACUUGUUUCUUGAGCAAGUCAAACAGCUUGUCCUGGCUGUCCAUUUGUGGCCAGUGCUUGGACAUUUCAGUGCCAUUACGCCACCACAUACAACCCUGCAGGGCUGGUGACAACCUUUGUCCAUGCGUGCUGUCAGCCCUGCCUAGAAGAUCUCAUUGAAAAUGCAGACUGGCCCAGAUAAAACUUUGUCCUUUGGCCUUACAUGUAUGUUUACUGAUUUAAUGUUCCUGAGUCCUCUCUUUCAAGGAAGAUGGCACAUCUCCCCCGCCUCCCCUGUGGUGGGCUGUGUCCAGAACAGGUGUUCAGUCCUCUGAAAUCCCUUGCAGUUUUUCUUGAUAAUUACUCUUUUGUCUGAAAAUGACUCUGUCCUCAUACGUUCGUUCCAGGAAAAUGGCCCUCUUCCUCUUCAGCAAACUGGAAAUAAUGCUAGAAACUGAAAGCAGUUGAGUUCUUGCUCCUGAAAGCGUGAGUGUGCAGAGAGGGGAUUUGAAAGUAACCAAGGGUGCUGGUUUCAUCAGCUGCCCGAGUUUCCCCGGGUGGCUGUUACCUCUACACCUGUGCUCCCUCAUGAAAAGGCAUCAGUGUGCAGGAAGGUGGGGUGAGCACUCGGCGCAGGAUUGCUGUGCUCUGGGGCAGUGGAAAAGAUGUGUUAGAGCUGCCUCUGCCUCUCAGUGAUGUAAAGAAGCUGACUGGAAGCAGCUUUUAUCUUGGCUUCUUGAGAGAAUCAAAGAAAGACCCACAGUACCCUAAUGCUGUCAUGAUGCAGGGUUCCUGGCCAGCUGGCAUUCCUGAAUCUGGUUGAGGUUUCCACAGCAAGAACUACGUGCUCUUCCACUCUCCAUUUCUUUUUCUCCCUUGUGUUUGCUUUGCAUCCAACUCAACAGCCUUUUAUGCCAUAAACCAUUUUGUUUUUUUCCCUAAAUGUAUUUUUUUCUUUGUUCCCAUUUG